CGACCAAUGGGAGCGCGCCGUCUCCGGGCCUGGCUGCUGUAGAGGAGCAAUGGCGCCGCUCGUGCCCAGGUCGCUGUCGCUGCUAGCGCUGCUGCUGCUGGGCGCCGCGCCCCGCUCGGGCCUCGCCUUCUUCAUCAGCGUGGACGCGCACGCCGAGGAGUGCUUCUUCGAGAAGGUCACGUCCGGCACGAAGAUGGGGCUCAUCUUCGAGGUGGCCGAGGGCGGCUUCCUGGACAUCGACGUGGAGAUCACGGGGCCCGAUGGACGGGAGAUCUACCGUGGGGACCGGGAAUCAAACGGGAAGUACACCUUCGCGGCCCACAUGGACGGCGUCUACAAGUUCUGCUUCGGCAACAAGAUGUCCACCAUGACGCCCAAGAUGGUCAUGUUCACCAUUGACAUGGGCGAGACUCCCAAGGGCCAGGACAUGGAGACCGAGGGUCGAGAUACGUGGGAGGCUCAUCAGAACAAGUUGGAGGAGAUGAUUAACGAGCUCGCCACGGCCAUGACGGCCGUCAAGCACGAGCAGGAGUACAUGGAGGUCCGCGAGCGGAUCCAUCGGUCGGUGAAUGACAACACCAACAGUCGUGUGGUGCUCUGGGCCUUCUUCGAGGCGCUGGUCCUGGUUGCCAUGACGCUGGGCCAGAUCUACUACCUGAAACGCUUCUUCGAAGUGCGGCGGGUGGUGUGAGCGGCAUCAUCGGCGUGGAAUCUCCCCCCCCCCCCUCGCGCCGUCACCUUGGUCCGUAAACACUGUCUCGUCAGCAGCCAGAUGCAAUCCUCACACAGGGUUGAUAACCACAGCACCCACAAGUCAUUAUUUAUGUGUUUUAUUAACAAGUUCCGGUUGCCAUAGAGGCUUAGGUUUUGGAGCUUGUGUGCAGGGUGCGACAAUCUAAAUUCCCCCAUACACGUUUUCUGCUUGAAGUGGGUUUUUUUUGUACGUGGCAGGGGCCAUCAAAGUUUUGUGAAUGAGGUCACCGUGACUGGUCAAGGGCUUAUCGUUUCAUCCCAUUUUUGCGCCAGUCCGAAUCACGUUACAGUACACUUACGUUGCCAUUGGCUAUACUGAAAACCUAAUAUGUAACGGGUAUGGCGUGAACGUACCGUUCAUGUCCUACAUGUGCUAUUCUUGCCCUAAAUUUAAGAAACCAAGACACCUCGGCAGUGGUUGUGCAAGCACAGCUCAAUAAGAUCUCGCUGCCAUCUUCAUUAACGCUGCCCUACGACCUACGCAGUCAGGAUAAAUAAUUUCGACCGACUUGGAGAAUGCCGUUUAGAGGCCAUCCAUUUAGUACGUACGCACAAAUCUGUCUGCUUGACCCCUCCCCCCCUUCCCUGUAUGCACGCGUACUUUUUACACCCCCUCCACCUGCGUAUGUACGCUUGACCCCCCCCUCCCCCCUCGAAUCCUAUAGAACGGGCCGAUAUUUAAUCCACGCAGAAACGAUCAAGGAUUAAUAAUAUUAACGUGUUUAAGCAAACAGUCCACCACCGGCUGCAUUAAAUAGUUAAGUUUGUCUAGUUUCCACUAGAUUAAAAUGCCGACUGAACCCAGUCGAACAGGUGACGUAUUCUAGUUAUUUUGUCAACACGUGCAAUGUCAGGCUUCAGCCUGACAUUGUUAUCGAGGCUUCAUCCCCCCCUCCCCCCCCCCGUUUCCUUUGCGUACGUACAUUGUUAAUAGACCCCCCAUACGCAAGCGUAUGCAUUUGGAUUCACCCCCUCCAUGCGCAUGUACUAAAUGGAUGGCCCCUUACAAUGUGACCCACGCACUGGAUCGUCGGAGACGGUUGAUGUCGUGUUACCGUUGAAAGAUUCUGUUAAUGACGAUGGAGGUGAGAGUUGAUUUCAGUCCUGUUCUGCAUCUCUCGGCCACCCCUGCUACCACCUUGUCCCUCCCGUGCCCUCCAAUCGUCAGGAGACGCUUUAUUUUCAAUUUCUGUUUGGACUGCGAUUUGUUGCGGAGCUAAAGUACGGGGAGUUGCGAAGUCGCGUUUGUCUGGUGGGGUUUUUAAUAAAGAGAAGACGGUUUUGUUGCCACAGAAAUGUUUGGACUGUUGAAUGAACAGAAUAAAGAUGAGAAAACCUCCA